AGUGGUAAUAAAAACAGAAUCUGUUGUUGUUGAGUGCAGAAUUAGAGAGAAAUAACGUCGUAAACUCGGGUUUUUAUAAUGGCUAAUAUUAAGUACGUGAUCUCAAGACAUACUAAGGAUGUAACAGGCUGCUGCUUUUCUGCGAAUAGUCGGGUCUUAGCUUCUUGCUCUGGGGAUAAAACAGCUCGACUUUGGGACGUGGAGAAAGGGACUGAACUUGCUCAAUCGCCACUCGAUGGCCAUAACUAUCAUGUGAAUUCGUGCAGUGUUUCGCCUUUUGGGACACUUAUGGCCACUGCCUCUACAGAUUCUACUUUAAUGCUAUGGAAUCUUGAAACAGGGGAAUGUUUAGCGGUACUAGAGGGACAUACAGGGGCUGUCAGAGUUUGUCGUUUCUCUCCAAAUUCUCAAUUUCUAAUAUCGGGGUCAGCCGACGAAACGUUUAUCAUUUGGGAUGUUUUACUGAAAAAACCUGUUAGAUGCGUUGAUAAACUAGAGAGCAGUGUUACAGCCUGUGCGUUUACUCCAGAUGGCUUGCACAUCAUAACAGGGACAAGCGAGGGAAAACUUGCGAUUUGGGAAGCUCAGAAAGGAAAAUUCAUUACUCAAGUUGAAGGGCAUGACAUGGGUGUCGGUGCCUGCGAUUUCUCUCCAACAUUUGGGUCUGCAGACUCUGCCAACAGCUUGACAGGGCCGUCUUCUUUGAUCACGCCUCCCCCUGACCAAGGAGGAAUAAUCCCAGGACUUUCAGAUACUAGUGGCAGUGCCCCACAGUUCUUGCUUGCAUCAGGGGGGAAUGACAACCUUGUACGGCUAUGGACUAUUUACACUGCCUCAGCAUUUUCUGAAGAAUGCCACAUUGCCAGCCGCUGUGUUCUUGAUCAACACCAGAGCCAAGUAUGGGAUUGUUGCUUCUCCCCAAAUGGAAAAAUCCUCGCUUCAGCAUCUGGGGACAAGACAGUUAUACUCUGGAAUCCACUUAAUGGUGUAGCACUUCACACAAUAACUGGACAUUCAAGAUAUGUGACUUGUUGUUCAUUCUCCCCUGAUGGGAAGUGGCUAGCUACAGCAAGUGGAGAUCGCACACUCAGGCUAUGGCAACUCACUCUCACUGAAAAUGGGGAGCUUGACACUGGUGCUAUGGCACAACAACUUCCUCAAGAUAGCAAACAACCCUCAGUAUUACAGAGAGGUGAGCGUAAGCGUCUUGUGACCUGGACAGUAGAGGAAGUGUGCACAUGGCUGGAAUCCAUCGGCCUAGCUCAGUACUCAGAAGUGUUCCGGAAUAAUGCAAUAGAUGGCCACGAGCUGUCUAACAUGACAGGCAACGUUCUCCUCACGGACCUGACAAUAGGUCCUGCUGGCCAUCGGAACAAGAUCUUGAGAAGUAUCAAGGACACGAAGAAGGAGGAGAUAGAUGAUAACAUCCCAGACGAGUACCUUUGCCCUAUUUCACGAGAUGUUAUGAGGGAUCCUGUCAUUGCUGCAGAUGGUUACUCAUAUGAGCGUGAGUCCAUCGAGUCGUGGCUUCAAGCUGGACGCCUGACAAGCCCCAUGACAAACGCACCGCUGCGUAACUCGACACUGACUCCCAACAGAAUGCUCAAGAACAUCAUCCAGCGCCACUUUACACAGCACCUAGAGCAACAGGUCUAGCACAUCCGUAUGGUCUUCAUCAUAGCGGCACCUAGAGCAACAGGUCUAGCACAUCCGUAUGGUCUUCAUCAUAGGGGCACCGAGAGCAACAGGUCUAGCACAUCCGUAUGGUCUCCAUCAUAGGGGCACCGAGAGCAACAGGUCUAGCACAACCUUAUGGUCUCCAUCAUAGGGGCACCGAGAGCAACAGGUCUAGCACAACCUUAUGGUCUCCAUCAUAGGGGCACCGAGAGCAACAGGUCUAGCACAUCCGUAUGGUCUUCAUCAUAGGGGCACCGAGAGCAACAGGUCUAGCACAACCUUAUGGUCUCCAUCAUAGGGGCACCGAGAGCAACAGGUCUAGCACAACCUUAUGGUCUCCAUCAUAGGGGCAACGAGAGCAACAGGUCUAGCACAUCCGUAUGGUCUUCAUCAUAGGGGCACCGAGAGCAACAGGUCUAGCACAACCUUAUGGUCUCCAUCAUAGGGGCACCGAGAGCAACAGGUCUAGCACAUCCGUAUGGUCUCCAUAAUAGGGUCACCUAGAGCAACAGAUCUAGCACAUCCGUAUGGCCUACAUCAUAGGGGCACGCCUUAGACAAAGAAACCCGAGGCGACACCUUGGACAGCUAAGGCAACGCAUUCAAACCCGAGGCGACACCUUGGACAACUAAGGCAACGCAUUCAAACCCGAGGCGACACCUUGGGCAACUAAGGCAACGCAUUCAAACUCGAGGUGACACCUUGGGCAACUAAGGCAACGCAUUCAAACCCGAGGCGACACCUUGGACAACUAAGGCAACGCAUUCAAACCCGAGGCAACACCUUGGGCAACUAAGGCAACGCAUUCAAACCCGAGGCGACACCUUGGACAACUAAGGCAACGCAUUCAAACCCGAGGCAACACCUUGGGCAACUAAGGCAACGCAUUCAAACCCGAGGCGACACCUUGGGCAACUAAGGCAACGCAUUCAAACCCGAGGCGACACCUUGGACAACUAAGGCAACGCAUUCAAACCCGAGACGACACCUUGGGCAACUAAGGCAACGCAUUCAAACCCGAGGCGACACCUUGGGCAACUAAGGCAAUGCAUUCAAACCUGAGGCGACACCUUGCGCAACUAAGGCAACGCAUUCAAACCCGAGGCGACACCUUGGGCAACUAAGGCAAUUUUACCUUGGACAAUUAAGACAACUUUAUGUAGAAGAAGAUUAAUAAGGUCGCAGCCUAGCCUGGCUCUCAUUUAAAAAAAAAAAAAACAAUGCGCAGCUUAAAUUUAACAAAACUUUAUCUUUACCUGCAAGGGCGGAAAAGCCUAUUAAAAAGAAUUCGAACAGUAUUCGAAUGGUAAAAUGAAGACGAUGUGAUCACAAGAAAAGCCAGAUCUCCAAUAUCCUGGGUGCCAGAGGUUCCCGCACCGCCGAACACCCGAAGGCACAACAAAUUAAACCCGAAGGUUCAACGGAUUAAUCCCGAAGGCGAACGAAUCCCGAGGUUGUAGGAGGUUGAGGCGACCGGCCUCUUGCAUCCAGGAUAUAUCUUAACUUGUAGAUAUUUUUAAGUAAGAUAUAGAAAAAAAUAAACACCGAAAAACGA